GUUCCUGUGAAACCGUUUGAAAGGAACGUCUGCAAUGAGUCCUUCCGCCAACCAGAGGCCAACCGCUGGGAUGCUUCCCCGGAUGACAACAUGGGGCGUUCCUAGUGUGGUUUCUGCGGGACCCGCUUCAUCCUCCCCACCUCCCCCAGCGCCGCUGCGACUCUUGCAUGUCAAGUCCAAUGGCGACGCUGGAACCAUCACGCCAUCAACGAACGAAACCCCCGACGCUCCGUUAAACGACAAAAACAUCGAAUAUGACGCCAAUCAGUGCUCAUUAUGCCGAGACAAAGGUCUGUGCUCCAAGGCGUAUGUAGACAAUACCCCCGGCGUCUUUUGCUGGAACGCGGGAAAUGCAACAACCCACUCGUCGACGUCACUACUCUCUCCGUGCUGCUGUCGUGAACCAUCGCUGUGUCUUCCAUUUCCGUACUCGUCCUGCGCAUGCCUUCAAGCCACAGACCCCAUCGAUCCACCCAAGCUGCCAAAGGAAAAGUCCAACCAACUCACCAUCGCCGCUUCGGCAGGUGCCGCGGCGGUCGUGGUGGUCGUCGUAUGGCUGCUUUGGAGAUCGCGACGAUCGAAUCGUGAGAUUCCGCCGCCGGAUGCGUCUUUUGAGUACCCGAUCAUGAAGGAAAUGUAACAUGAUGAACUAUUACUAAUUAAUAGAUAGUAAUACCUGCCUGCGUA